AUGCACACCCUGAGUGUCGAUUCUGGACCGCUAUUUUCCAACCUCGCUUUCUCUGGUUCCCCCAAUGGCCCGCAACAGCCCGAGGAUGCAAAGCCCGAUGCUGCCCAAGUAGGCGGAGGUGGGAUGACGGACUUGGGGGUCGUUAGAAAUGGAUUUGGGCUGGGUAAUGCCUUUACAACGCCCGUUGAAGAGGGGAACGAUAUGGAGACGGGGAAAGAGGAAUACUUCCUUUGCCACGAGACGCAACCCGAUCAAUUCCGCUGCCAAUCAAGGCCGCGCCCGGCCAAGCCCUUCCAAAAAUGGAUGAAAACGUUGCACAAACGCGUGUUGCGGCAGCACCAAAUGUUGGGUGACGACGGAAGCCUCGCCCCCUGGCUUCGUGAGGCGUCGGAGCGAGGCUCUCCAAGCCGGGGGUCCGCCCAUCACAGGCACUCAUCCUCCGACUCGUCCUUCGCUUUCGUCACAACGCCGAAAAGUGCCAGUAUAUCCAUGAACGGUCUCAGCCUGCUGACGCGUUCACGAAAAACGACGAUCCGGUCAUCACGAGGUCCGAGAACAGAGCGCAGUAGCAGGGCUUCCGUCUCCGGGCCCCGGCUUUCUGAGGAGAGUUGUCGUCCCGAGAAACAGGUACCCGUGGACACUGCCGUUGUUGAGCGUGCUCUGCAGCGGCGUCGUAUAUUAGAAGAGCUGAUCAGCACCGAGGAAUCCUACAUCGGAGACGUCUACGUUACGAUCCUCGCUUCGUUGCCCACGACCCCCGCAGGCCUGCGUUCAUCUGUUAACCGGAACUUGACCGAUAUCGUAGAGCUUCACGAGGAGCUUCUUGGAGAGUUGCACUGGGCGUUACCGGAUUCAGGAUGCACGCAGCCGAAUCUCCCCAUCCAACAGACCGAACCGAGCUCUUCGAAUUGUGGGAACCGUCAUUGGAGGGGCCUAGAUAUUGUUCCGGAGGGAAGAGAUGGAGUUUUGUGGCCAAAAGAUGUCCCGGGGAGGGUGGCCGAGCCUCAAGUGGCAGCCGAAGUCGCGAAGGUCUUUAUGAAAAGACAGCUGGAUGCGGUCCUGAGGAACCGCAUUCGGUCGUUCGGCCAUCUCCGGCUUUGUGGUGCUCUCCACGUCUGCUGGCAGACCAAGGACGGCGCCAGUGGGCAGUACAUGGUCGCCCUCUUGUACCGUGACUGGCUUUGCCUCGCGACGGCUGCCAGGGUUGACCAGGUCUACACUAUCCAAGCCUGUAUCUCCUUAAACAACAUUAGAGUAGAAGAAGUUGAUAAUGGCCGAGGAACCAUUGCUAGAAAAAUAUCGAUACACCGGGCGACCACCAUUGGCCCCAAAUCCCCCCUUUACCAAGUCAUCCUCAAGAACACCAGCGCCGCCAAGGAGGCCCCAACGAGCUCUGGUAGCCAGAUCAACCGGUCGCAAUCGCUGCUCACCACCAAUAGCCGCAUCCCCGUGCUAGCGCCGGCCCGGGCUGAGCGAGCACGGCUUGAGGCCUUGCUCUCGGACGUGUGGACCCGCGACGUCUUGCCUUUUCCCGGGAUAACCGCUCGGUCCAGGAGCGAGCACCUCGUCCGGGCCUCGGCGUCGUCCAUGAUGCGCAAGCUGAGCUCGGUCACCAUCCCCGGCAGCUUUAGCCGGCGCUCGGCCAGCUUUGCGAGCCUGCACACCCAGAGCCAGCACCAGCAGAAGGAGAAGAAGAGCGGCACGGCCGCCGCAACUAGCACUGAGAUCGAGCCAUGGACGACCAAACAGGCCCCUGCGCUUGCAGGCGCAUCCGACCUCGCAUACCCGGCGGCUGCCCCCGACCACCACCCAGGGCCACACCGAGACCAACACCGGCCGCGCACCGCGACCACCACCACCGCUACCACCGCUACCACCGCCACCACCAUGUCGACAUCCGAACCGGAACGAGACUCAUCCGAGGCGCUGGAAAUGGCGGGUCGCCGCCGCCCUGCCGCCAGUGCCGGCACAAUCCCUCGACGCGCCUCGGCACCCGACGAGCUGGGCCGCUGCACGGAGGAAGAGGGCCAGCCGGAGCCACAAGAACAAGAGCAAACAACUGCGGGACGAAAGGAGCGUGGGAAGUCUUCGCCUCGGCCGAACUCGCAGCGCUCUCAACUAAGCGAGAUCUCGGCUUCGGGGAGGGAGGCCGAGAUGAAUAUGCUGAGGAAGAGCAGCGGGUGUAAAGGGGGGGGAAGGGGAAGGGGAAGGGGAAGGGGAGGGGGAGGUGUUGUGGAGGGGGAGAGUUCGGGAGAGAAGAAGAAGAAGAACGAAAAUCCUGAGGGGGGCUCAGUGCAGGUGUCGAUGGGGGAUGGUGGGGCGGGUAUGGCCUCGUCGUCGUCGAGGUCCAAGUCGCUGCGGCUGUCGGGGAAGAGGCUGGCUCAGGCUAGUGUGCGGAGGCGGGAGGCGGUUGCGGAUAGGUUUCGCAGCUUUUUUCGUCAGGGAGGGUGCUGA